GAUCCAGACCGCCACAGGCCAUUGUUUAAUCGUUUCAAGGCAGUUCCUCCAAGUAGCUGGUUUUCAAUUUUCUCGGAAAAUUUAGCGAAAACAGACAUGGAGAAGAGAAUAUCAUUAGGAGUCCAACACAAGAACAAUAAGAAACCCACCAUCAAAAGAAACAAGAAAAGAAAAUUGCUGAAGAAAGUUGUGGACUACCUAAAAUCCGAUACUUACAUGUUUGCUCCUCUGAUUUCUCCCACAGCAACUCAUCACUUUUUAGCAUCAAGGAUCGCCACCUCUUUCACUGCCAGAGUAGAAGUGAAGGAUUGCAUGAAAGGGAGGACUGAGAAGGUUGUGGAGUAUCUCAAAUCUGAUUCUUUCUUCUAUGCUCCCCUGUUUGCUUCUCAGCAGAUUGCUUCUUCUCAUAGAGGUUCUGUUUCUUAUACUAAUAUUCGAAUAUUUCAGAUAUAA